ACUAAACUUUCUCAAACCAACUUAAGAACUAACAUGGCAAGUUCUAGUUCAUCUUUUCGGCAGUUGCUUCGAUUCUUAGAUAGCAAUGAUACUGACGACGAACUGGUGGAGGAACUGGUGGAGACACGAUCCCGACACUUGCCCAAUUCUGAUGUUACUGCUCCUCGGCAACGUGCCAUGCCACAAGAUCAGUCCCUUGCCUCGUAUAACAACAGAGGCACACAAAACAUGAAAGGUCUUAUAAACAACUCUGGAUACACCAGAGGCAAUGGUAAUGGAUCCAUUAUCUUUGGUAGUUUUGACUCUUCAAAUAGAAGAUACAAUUACUAAUCUUGUUCGCAAAAUUAUGUAAUCUUCUGUAAUGUAAAUUGGGGCAUGUAAGAUCUCAGUAGUUAAAUAAAAUGAUGAGAUUUUAAUAUCUUAUUUCUUAAUAAAUAUUUUUAUAUAA